AUACGUUUUUGAUGAGAGUGGAGAAGAUCAAGAACAGAUCAAGCGUUGAAAACACUUAAUACUCGUUAUGCUGAUCUUCAGAUCUAGUUUCUUCAGGGUACUAUGUUCAUCAUCUUCAAGGUAUCCUGAUGAUGUUCUCGCUCGUUCAGCAAUUUCAGAUCCAGUCCCUCGUUCUUUUUUCAUCUUCACGGUGCUGUUAAAGGUCCCUAAAGUUCAAGUUCAAAACCCUAAAGAACGAUUUUUCGAUUUUCAUGCUCAACACAGAAGUGGAGGUAUUUCAGUAACAAGGUCAACACGGUCCUCUGGCUCGCUGCUUGUUAUAAAUAUCGCUUAUUUCAAGGACCACAAGGAGAAGUCGUGAUAGAGAAAUAGAGUUCUUGUGAGUCGUAGAUCUAAAACAAUCUAGAUCUAGAACUAGUGGUCAACCUCCUCCUCCACAACGAACUGCGUUUAUUUCAAGAUGGCUCGUCACGCACUAAGGGGUAUGAAGAAGGCGAAGCUGCGCUCGGUGCGGCGUGAUAUGAAGACUGCAGAUAAAAGAAAGCUCCAGCUGAAGGAAAAGAAGCAGGAGAAGGCCGCAAAAGAGGAGCAUCGGAAAGAGAACCCUCACCUGUACCAAAGCGCAGACUCUGCUGUCGCAAAAAGGAAUGCAUUCAUCACUCAGCUUGGUGCUUCUGGCGGCGGAAAUGUGGGACGUACUAUGAGUAAAACAAAAACUUCUGAAGAUUAUAGUGCUGUUGGUGCCUCUGCGACAUCAGCAAGCGGUAGAAAGGUUUCAUUCGCUGCAACAACUGAUGAAGUUGAUGGAGGGGACGACGCUGAGCAGGCUGAUAGUAGCAAUAAGGGUCCCGAAUCUACGAAGGUCGAACUGAAGGAUUCCGAGAGGGUCUGGCUUUCCGCGUGUCAGCUGUCUGCGAGCGCACAAGGUGAAAAUUUCCUCGCGCGCAUGACGAAGAGGGAACGUCGCGAUUUCGAAAUCAAGAUCGCGAAGGCAAAAGAAAAUUACGACAGACCCGAAGAGCGCGUCCUCCUUGUGGGCGAAGGCAAUUUUAGUUUUGCCCGUGCACUCGUCACAGACCCAUUCGGUCAAAAGCAAAAAAGAGGUACAGAUGCGACCUCUACAACAACAUCUUCAAACAAGAAUAUGGGAGCCGACAAGGAAUCGAUCAGCUCCGCCGAAGUAGAAGAAAAGCAGGAAGACACGACCGCGACAACUAAGCAACAUCAGGGAAGAAGUCGGUUUCUAUUGGCGACCUGCUAUGAUGAUCAGAAGACCCUGUUCACGAAGUAUGGCGCAGAUGUCAAAGCUAAUAUCAAAGCUCUCAAAGCAUGGACUAAGGCGCAAGAAGAAAAUCAUAAGGUGGAAAAUCCAUCUUGCAAAGGUAAAGGAGUAGAAGGAGACAAGAAUACAACUUCAAUUAAGGGUAGUACGUAGCGGUAGGUUAUAAAGGCGUUCACGUUACCGCUUGUGUUGCCGCUCUUAAGGGAGACGAGAGAGGCAGAACACACGGGGCACGCGAACACCAUCAAAAACCUACCUCUCUACAACCUCUAACUCAACAUCAACUUCAGCUAGUUGUAAUGUCUAUACUGUAGACACAACUACAUCGACUUCUCCACCUCGUGCCGACGUUGCAGUCGGCGUGGAUUGCACUCAGUUGUCGCAGAUCCGCGAUGAGAACCUUAAUAAUCCAGGCCACUGGUCGCAGGAGUCGUGGGACAAGAUCGUUUUUCAGUUCCCGCACUCGGGUAGCGGAGAGCAGGACAGACGCAAGAAUGUAGAGGAGCAUCAGCGACUGCUGGAGGCCUUCUUCCGCGAGUGCGCUUUGGUUUUGAACGAGCAAAACAAGAACGCGGCAGUGCACGUGACCAUCAAGAACGCAGAUGCGUACAAAGAGUGGCGCAUCGCAGGCUGCUGCUUCAAGGGCAGCGACGGCAAACUCAGAGUGCAGGGUGCCUACGACUUUGAUCCGCGAGUGUUUCCGGGAUAUGCUCAUCGUCGAACGAUCGGCUUCAAGGACGCGGUAUCGGCUGCCGAGAACGAGGAAAUCCUAAAGACAGGAGCAAAGACCUAUGUUUUCGGUUGGACGGACAAGAAAAGUAUGGGUGCCGGGAGAACAACAACUAGUACCGCUAACUCUGGUGCCAGCAUUGGGGCGGCGAACAGUUCUACCACCUGUCAAGAAAAUGGUCCCUCAACUCCAGCGACCGAGGAGCAGCAUCAGAAUGUCGAAAUGAAUGAGACGAGGGCAUCUUCAUCUUCAUCUGCACCUCCGUUGACUAAAAGUAAAAAACCAGAUAGCCCUACAGGAGAAAAGAAGAACAAUAAUGCAAAAAAGACGAAAAAAGCAGUUUCGAAGGCGGGCAAGAAACGCCAGAGGAAACAAAAAGCGCGCAACGACUCAGGGUCUGAAGACUGAUUUUUAGACGACCUCAGGGAACAGAAGUACCUCUCGAGGGAACAAAAGGUCAACAUCGUCUGGGUUUAACUGCAAAAACGCUCUUUUUGUUUUGGAAAAAAUAUAGGCCUACUUAUAAUUUAUUUGGGAAUUCUUGUUCCACCCCGCAGUACACAAAUGCAUACUAAAUUCUUCCUUGUCAAUGUUCAUAUCUUCUUCUAGUUGUACUC